GUCCAUCUGGUCAGAUCGCUCUCACCUGUGGUUCAAAAUCAAUCCAACAGUGCAACAUCAGAUGCAUGAAUGGUGGCUCAUGUGCUGAGGAUCAAUGCAUUUGUCAGAAAGGAUAUUCUGGAACUCACUGUGGACAGCCUGUUUGUGAGAAUGGAUGUUUGAACAAUGGAAGGUGUGUGGCUCCCAAUCGAUGUGCAUGUACAUAUGGCUUCACAGGAGCACAGUGUGAAAGAGAUUAUCGGACAGGCCCCUGCUUUACAUCGGUAAACAAUCAGAUGUGCCAAGGACAGCUGACUGGCAUCGUCUGCACAAAAACCCUUUGUUGUGCCACAGUUGGAAGAGCCUGGGGCCAUCCCUGUGAGAUUUGUCCUGCUCAGCCCCAGCCCUGCCGGCGUGGCUUUAUUCCCAAUAUCCGAACAGGAGCUUGUCAAGAUGUGGAUGAAUGCCAGGCCAUCCCAGGAAUGUGCCAAGGGGGAAAUUGUAUAAACACUGUAGGCUCCUUCGAAUGCAAAUGCCCAGCUGGACAUAGGUUUAAGGAAACAACUCAGAAAUGUGAAGAUAUCGAUGAGUGUGCCACAAUCCCUGGGAUCUGCGAGGGAGGUCAAUGUUCCAACACAAUCGGAGGUUACUUUUGCAAAUGUCUUGAAGGGUACCAUUCCACUGCAGAUGGUUCACAAUGUAUUGAUGCCCGUCCUGGAAUCUGCUACUCGGGUCUCGUCAAUGGUCGCUGUGCCAAAGACCUGCCAAGUCCCUAUUCCAGAAUGCAGUGCUGCUGUAACAUUGGCCGCUGCUGGUCUGCUGGCACCAUUCCUGAGAUGUGUCCAAUGCGUGGAACUUAUGAAUAUCGCAAGUUAUGCAUUGAUGGUUUUCCUCUCGUGCCCGGCGGUCCUUCUGUGCCCAGGGUUCCCGUGCCCGGGGAUCCUGUGCCCGGGGGUCCUGUGCCAGGGGGUCCAACAAUACAUGAUGGAAGUCGACCUUAUCCUGGCCCUCAUGUUGGACCUCACCCCAAUGGCAUGAUUCAUUUUAAUGGCUUUCUUCCUUUGAAUGUCACUGAUCUCUGCAGUUUCUACAGAAACCUCUGCAUAAAUGGACGCUGCAUUCCCCUUCCAGGGCAAAGUUACCGGUGUGAGUGCAAUGUGGGCUAUCAACUGGACACAAGAGGAGAAUGUAUAGAUGCGGAUGAAUGUGUGAGCAAUCCAUGUAUUCAUGGCGACUGUGUCAACACACAAGGAUCUUAUUUUUGCCGCUGUCACACUGGAUUUCAAAGCACUGCUACAAAAAUGUGUGUGGAUAUCGUUGAAUGUGUUCAGAAUGGUCAAAUCUGUAAGCAUGGGAGAUGUGUGAACACAGAAGGCAGCUUUCACUGCAUAUGUAAUGCUGGUUUUCAGUUGACACCGGAUGGGAGAAACUGCAUGGACCAGGAUGAAUGCGCCCAGAGAAACAUGUGCAUGAACGGGAUGUGCAUCAACGAGGACGGCAGCUUUAAGUGCAUCUGCAAGCCGGGCUUUCAGUUAACAGCCAAUGGACGGAUCUGUGUUGAUAUCGAUGAAUGCCAAACCACAGGAAUCUGUAUGAAUGGACGGUGUGUCAACACAGAUGGUUCCUAUAGAUGUGAAUGUCCUCCAGGGUUGGUGAUUGGACUGGAUGGCCGUGUCUGUGUUGACACACACAUGCGAAGCACCUGCUACGGUGGUUACAAGCAGGGCCAGUGUGAGCGUCCAUUACCUGGAGCCUUCACAAAAUCAGCAUGUUGCUGUGCAAGCACCGAUUACGCCUUCGGAGAGCCCUGCCGGCCAUGUCCAGCAGCAAACUCAGAUGAAUAUCAUGCCCUGUGUAGUGGUGGACCUGGUAUUACAAGUGCUGGGAGAGAUAUAAACGAAUGUGCGUUGGAUCCUGAUAUUUGCCCCAACGGAGUGUGUGAGAACACCCGGGGAAGUUACAGAUGCGUUUGCAAUUCUGGUUAUGAAGCUGACGUAACUGAGAAAAAAUGUGUUGAUAUUGACGAGUGUUUCCGAAAAAAACUCCUGUGUGACAACGGCCUGUGUAGAAACACACCUGGGAGUUACACCUGCUCCUGCCCAAAGGGAUACGUGUUUCAGCCCAUGUCUGAGACAUGUGAAGAUAUUAAUGAAUGUGAGACUAAUCCCUGUAUCAAUGGGAAUUGUAAGAAUACGAUUAGCUCCUACUUAUGUGAGUGUUUCCCAGGAAGUACCCUCGACGCCUCUGGAAAUCUGUGUAUUGAGACAGUUAAAGGAACGUGCUGGUUACAGAUCAUCAAUGAACAAUGUGAAGUUAAUAUCAACGGAGCCACACUGAAGUCGCAGUGCUGCUCCACCCUGGGCGCUGCCUGGGGAAGUCCCUGCAUGUCUUGUAAGAUAGACAGCGUCUGUCCUAGAGGUUAUACACGAGUUAAUGGCACCAUCUGUGACGAUGUGAAUGAAUGUAAAGUCUUCCCCGGGGUCUGCGCCAACGGCGACUGUGUCAACACAGCGGGAUCAUUCCAGUGUCUCUGUUCGCAUGGCAUGACCCUGGACAGCAGUGGACGCACAUGUGUCGAUUUGCGUUUGGAGUACUGCUACCUGAGGCACGAUGACGAGGAGGAAUGCACCAUCCCAAUGCGGGGACGCUUUCGGGUUGAUGCUUGCUGCUGUUCUGUGGGUGCUGCCUGGGGCCCGGAUUGUGACAAAUGUCCAGAGGAAGGCAGUGAGGAGUUGCUGGCUCUGUGUCCUCGGGGGAGAGGCUUUUCUAGAAAAGGAGAAAUUGAUGGAAAACCGUUCUACAAAGAUAUUAACGAAUGCCGAACCAUCCCAGAUAUCUGUCACAAUGGGAGGUGCAGAAACACAAUCGGGAGUUUUAGAUGCAGGUGUCACAGCGGCUUUGCGCUUGAUUCAGAAGACAGAAACUGUACAGAUAUUAAUGAAUGUCACAUCUCACCGGACCUGUGUGGACCUGGACACUGUGUCAACACUCAGGGCAGCUUUGAUUGUGAAUGUUUUGAAGGAUACGAAAGUGGGUUUAUGAUGAUGAAGAAUUGCAUGGAUAUUAAUGAAUGUGAGCGAGACCCUCUACUGUGUCGGGGAGGCAACUGUGAAAACACUGAUGGGAGUUUCCGCUGUGUGUGUCCUCAUGGCCAUGAGGUGUCCCCAGAUGGGACAUUGUGUACAGAUAUUAAUGAGUGUGAGCUGAGUGACAAUCUUUGUAAGAACGGUCGCUGUGUCAACAUGAUUGGACGCUACCAGUGUGCAUGCAAUACCGGUUACCAAGCAACACCAGAUAAGCAAGCCUGUGUGGACAUUGACGAAUGUACAAUAUUGAAUGGAGGGUGUGAAACGUAUUGUACAAACUCACGAGGCAGUUAUGAGUGUAGCUGCAGGAACGGCUAUGCACUGAUGCCUGACCAGAGGUCCUGCACAGAUAUUGACGAGUGUGAGGACAACGCUGAUAUUUGUGACGGAGGGCAGUGUGCCAAUGUGCCCGGGGAGUAUCGCUGUCUGUGCUAUGAUGGAUUUAUGGCAUCUGAAGACAUGAAGACUUGUUUAGAUGUCAAUGAAUGUGAACUCAAUCCAAACAUAUGUCUGAGUGGCAGCUGUGAGAACACGAAAGGAUCCUUCAUCUGUCACUGUGAGCUGGGAUACUCUGUGAAGAAAGGGACAACUGGCUGCACAGAUAUAAAUGAAUGCGAGAUUAGUGCCCACAACUGCGAUCAGAAUUCCAUCUGCACCAAUACCCCAGGAAGCUUCAGGUGUGAAUGUGGAGAGGGUUGGUCAGGCGAUGGUAUCAAGUGUUCUGAUGUGGACGAGUGUUCAAAUGGAACCCAUAAAUGCAGCACCAAUGCCGAGUGCACAAACAAUGCAGGUUCCUACCGCUGUCUGUGUAAAGAAGGUUACAAAGGAGACGGCCUGACGUGUACCGACAUUGAUGAAUGUGCAGAAAACGUGAACUUUUGUGAGAAUGGCCACUGUCUGAACGCUCCGGGCGGCUACCGCUGUGAGUGCGACAUGGGCUUCACACCAGCUGCUGAUGGCAGAGCCUGUCAAGAUAUUGAUGAGUGCCAGUUCCCAGAUAUUUGUGUGUACGGACGAUGCCAGAAUCUCCCAGGGCUGUUCAGGUGUGAGUGUGAUGUAGGUUAUGAGCUGGAUCGAAGUGGUGGGAACUGCACAGACACCAACGAGUGUGCAGAUCCCGUCAGCUGCAUCAAUGGAAUUUGUGUGAACACCCCCGGCAGCUAUGUGUGUAACUGCCCCGCGGAGUUUGAGCUGAACCCAACUGGUGUGGGAUGUGUGGACCUGCGCCUGGGCAAAUGUUUUGUGGAGUACAGACUGCGAGGUGAUGAGACGCUCUCCUGCAAUAAUGAGAUUGGAUUCGGAGUGUCACGAGCUUCUUGCUGCUGUUCCCUGGGCCGAGCCUGGGGCUUCCCAUGUGAAUUGUGUCCCAGCAUUAAUUCAUCUGAUUACAAAACGCUGUGUCCUGGAGGAGAAGGAUUCCGUCCCAACCCCAUCACCGUCAUCCUGGAGGAUAUCGAUGAGUGUAAGGAGUUACCUGGCCUCUGUCAGGGAGGAACAUGUGUCAACACCUUUGGUAGUUUCCAGUGUGAAUGUCCCCGUGGUUUCCACCUGAAUGAAGAGACUCGAGUCUGUGAAGAUAUUGAUGAGUGCUCCACAUCACCUGGGAUCUGUGGCCCUGGGACCUGUCUCAACACAGUGGGAAAUUACACCUGUAUUUGCCCACCAGAUUACAUGCAGAUCAACGGUGGAAACAACUGUAUGGACAUAAGAAAAGGUUUCUGCUUCAAAAACUUUUAUGGUGAAAAUGGCACUUGUGACGGUGAACUGCCCUUUAACAUGACGAAGAAACUGUGCUGCUGUUCCUACAACAUUGGGAAAGCUUGGAACAGACCCUGUGAGCAAUGCCCACUGCCCGUGACCAAUGAAUAUGUGGUUCUUUGUGGGAGUCAGCGACCCGGCUUCACCAUUGAUAUUGUCACAGGACGGCCAGUGGACAUCGACGAGUGCCGAGUAUCGGGAGUCUGUGCUCACGGGGUUUGUAUCAAUCAGUUCGGGAGUUUCCGGUGUGAAUGUCCGAUGGGAUUCCAGUACAACGAUCACCUCAUCAGCUGUGAAGAUAUUGACGAAUGUCAGAACGGGCCAAUGUGUCAACAGAACGCAGUGUGUAUUAACACGCCAGGCAGUUACCGCUGUGAGUGUUUGCCAGGAUACCGGCUCACACCAACGGGGCAUUGUCGAGAUCGUAACGAGUGCCACGAGAUCCCGAAUGUCUGCAGUCACGGGCAGUGUGUGGACACUGUCGGAAGCUUCCACUGCAACUGUUACAACGGUUUCAAAGCAACGCCAGAUAAAACCAUGUGCAUGGAUGUGGAUGAAUGUGAGCGGCAGCCAUGCGGCAACGGAACCUGUAAGAACACGGUUGGUUCUUACAACUGUGUGUGCUUUCUGGGAUUCACCCUGUCCCAUAAUGAUGACUGCAUUGAUGUUGAUGAGUGCAGCACUCUGAAUGGAGCUCUCUGCCGUCACGGCCAGUGUAUCAACACCAUCGGAACGUUCCAGUGCCUGUGUCACGAGGGUUACGAGCUGACACUGGACAGAAGGAGCUGUGUGGACACCAACGAGUGCCUGGCUAUACCUGAUGCUUGUAAACCAGGUAAAUGUCAAAACCUGGACGGUUCCUACAGAUGUAUUUGUCCACCUGGCUAUGAACUGACUCAGGAGAGGUGUGUGGAUAUUGAUGAGUGUAUAUCAGACCCAGGGUUAUGUGUCUUUGGCACAUGUAGCAAUACUGAAGGAAGCUUCAAGUGCCUUUGUCCAUCGGGCUUCGUGCUGAACUACAGUGGAAGAAAAUGUGUUGAUAUCAGAGAGAGCUUUUGCUUCACCAAGUUUGAGAACAGUGUCUGCUCGGUGCCCAAGGCCAGGAACAGCACGAAAGCGGAGUGUUGCUGCAGCAGCAUGCCGGGCGAGGGCUGGGGGGAUCCCUGUGAGAUCUGCCCCAGAGAGGAAGACGAGGUGUUUGUACAGCUGUGCCCCAAUGGUUUGGGUUCAGUGGUUGGUAUUGACGAUUCUCGUGUGGACACGGACGAGUGUACCACAGACCCUGGAAUCUGUAAGAAUGGGAAAUGCAUCAAUACAGACGGCUCUUUCCGCUGUGAUUGUCCAUUUGGAUUUAACCUGAAUGUCAGUGGAGUCCAAUGUGUUGAUACGAAUGAAUGUGCUGUUGGCAAUCUGUGUGGUAACGGAACAUGCACCAACGUGAUUGGAGGGUUUGAAUGUGCAUGUGACGAAGGCUUUGAACCAGGACCAAUGAUGAUUUGUGAAGACCUCAAUGAAUGUGUUCAAAACCCACUUCUCUGUGCAUUCCGAUGUGUUAACACGUAUGGUGGAUAUGAGUGCCGAUGUCCUGGUGGAUACGUGCUCAGAGAGGAUGGGAGGAUGUGUCGAGAUCAGGAUGAGUGUGAGGAACAGCUGGAUGAUUGCUCCUCGAGAGGGAUGGUUUGCAAGAACCUGAUUGGGACUUUCAUGUGCAUCUGUCCGACUGGCCUGACACGGAGACCAGAUGGAGAAGGCUGCAGAGAUGAGAAUGAGUGCCGCACCAAGCCCGGGAUCUGUGUGGACGGUCGCUGUGUUAACACCGUGGGAAGUUACAAAUGUGAAUGCAAUGAAGGAUUUACAGCCACUUCUGUACAGACUGAAUGUGUUGACAAUCGCCAAGGCUUGUGUUUCACAGAGGUGCUCCAGGCCAUGUGUCAAAUGGCAGCCAGCAGCCGAAAUCUUGUGACCAAGUCUGAGUGCUGCUGUGACGGUGGGCGAGGGUGGGGCCCGCAGUGUGAGAUCUGCCCACUCCCAGGAACAGGUCGUUUUAAGAAACUCUGUCCACUUGGCCCUGGUUACACCACAGAUGGAAGAGAUAUUGAUGAAUGCAAAGUACUUGGGAAGCUUUGUCAGAACGGACAGUGUAUUAACACUGUGGGCUCGUAUCGAUGUCUAUGUAAGCCAGGAUACACUUCUGACUUAACCAGCACUUCCUGUGUGGGUAUGUAUGUCAUAACCUUGUAAAUACAGCAAAUAAAGGCCCAAUUUUACUACAAA